AAUGCAUCAUUGCACGGGAGUGUCAGCCUGCAGUCGUGUUUGCCAUCAAAAUCACAAUAUGCAGCCCCGUAACAACGGGAUAUGCGAUAAAAUCGAGAAUUAUAUAUCUGAACUAAGCCAGUGGUCAGUAUGGAGAACUAUAAUUCUCGGUCAGUUCCUGUCGAUAGUUCUCUACUGGAUGACGCAGUUGAAUCAUCACAUAAAUACGGUGUCCCUCCCGAAGCUUGCGAUACCCACAGGACAAAAUAUGCCGCACUAUGCAAUGAUGUGCCUGGUGUAUACGACGUGGAUGUCCUGCAGAGGUGCAGGCAAUGGACUUUUCUCCGUCCUAAAAUCCCGGGGCUGGCGGUACCUACUGCUUGCCCUCAUAGAUGUUGAGGCAAAUACACUUAUAACUUCCUCUCAUCAGUUUACAAGCCUCGCCAGCAUUCAGUUGCUGGAUUGUGUGGCAAUUCCCGUUGCACUCGCACUCUCGUGUCUUGUGCUUGGCGUGAGAUAUCGAAUUGUUCACAUUGUGGGAAUCUCCGUCUGCCUCAUGGGAGUUGGAUGUCUUGUGUGGGCUGGAAUCGAUGACAAUAAGGAUCUUGGUGUUAAUGCAAAAAAUCAACUCGUCGGUGACAUGCUAUGCCUAGGUGGAGCAGUCCUUUUUUCAGUGACAACAGUCCUCCAGGAAUUGGCAGUAAAAAGCGUCGACAUAAUUGAAUAUCUCGGAAUGAUUGGAUUCUUUGGGACCAUUUUGAGUUGCAUUCAAAUCGGGGUAUUGGAGAGACUUCAAAUCGAAUCAGCCACCUGGAGCACAGCAACGCCAGUCGUCAUUACUGCCCUAGUAUUUUAUUGCAUCACUCAAUUCGUAUUCUUCUCCCUCGUUCCUGUUAUUCUCUUCGAGUCUGGCGCAACGGCAUUACAAUUGGCCCUUCUCACUGCGGAUUUUUUCAAUGUUCUUAUUGGGAUGCUGGCCCAUCAAUACAAGUUUCACACACUGUACUUCCUCUCUUACACAUUGACAAUGACUGGAAUAUUCAUUUACGCUAUCAAGAGAACCCCAAUGUCUUCAGGCUCGAGGAGACAGCAGCACCUCGAGACGCCAGCUCCAGAUUACAGACGAAUGUCUCACCCGGACGGUGGUGAGGUGGAGAUGGCAACGAGCUCGGGUAUGUCAGCAGUCAGUGGUACCCUGGAUGUAUUGGACAUCAAAGCAUCCUCGACACUGGGCAGCGAGCGAGAGACCAUGGAUGCAACGAGUCUCCCAUUGAGUGUGAGCUCCGACACAGCUUUCACGUCAUUCUAUGGCAGUCAGGCCAAUUUGUAAAAUAAUUCAUCCCAAAAUAAACUAUUAAAUUUCCAUUUGAAGAAUAGAAAAGGACGAAGAGGAUGCAACAAUGAAUCCCAGUGAUUCGCAUCCCAUUUCUUCCCUCUUCUCGCCGAGAGAAAAAAAUCAAAUGAAAAAAAUGAGUCAAAGUAGAUAGCAUACUCUGAACAAAACGUGGACCACGUUGUGCGAGAGGAGUAAUUUCAAGUUCUUCCUAGAAUAAUAAUGUGCGGCCUAGAACCGCCGAUAGGUAUGUCUUCGCGUAAGGAAAAACAAGUUUUUCUCUAUAAGAGAAACUUUGGAAAAUUUAUAACGAAGAAUAACAAUAAUUGUUAACGAUGAAAAUGUUUUCUUUGUAAACUGAGAAAAUGAUUUCUCUCGUCUUCUAGUCGAUCCGUGAUAUACGUAAAUGAAUCGUGCCAGUAUUUAAAUGACAAAGAGCACAUAAAGUUAGUGCAUAAGUUAUUGAUAUAUGACGACUUGUCUAUCUGUUCUAUUAUAAACAUUUUUAUUUUCGAUAUACUUGAGCUUUCUCAACUAUCGAGAGGGCUGCUAUUCGACUGAGACAAAUAAUGUGCCAAAUAUUCCUUUCAAUCGUUUAUUCAGAACUGUUAGAAUUACUUUACAUAGAUUACACAAAGUUUGUAAUAUAUUUUCUGAUAUAUUAUUUUCAUUUCAAUUUUUUCUAAUGAAAAUAAAUCGAGUUAAACGAAGAGAAUAUAUUGGAAAAACUGAGGCAAGGUAAUGUUAACUUAUCAACACUGACUCAUUCAUACUUUUUAUUGCUCAAUCAAAAAAUUUAAAAAAAAAUACGGACAUGUAAUUUAGAAAAAAGUGUUUCAUGGUCUACCAGUCUUUCUUUAUACACUUUGUUACAUUACUUAAAAAAUAAACUCAUAAUAAAUUCAUAAAUCUAGUAAAAAUUUCUAGAGGAAGAAAGUGAAGA